AUGGUUAGUCUUUUUGUAUUAUUUAUCCCACUGGACGGGAAUUUAUGUUUAAUGGCUCACGAGGGUGCAGUCCACCUGUAUUCUCUACGGCCAGCGUGAACGUCGCAUUGCAAUUUACCCAAAAAUGAAAUCUUGAAUCGUGUAACUUUCGCCGACUUUUUCAGGUGAACUUUACGGUCGGAGAAAUUCGUCGUUUGAUGAAUUUCCACAAAAACAUCCGCAAUAUAUCUGUUAUCGCCCACGUCGAUCACGGAAAAUCAACCCUCACAGACUCCCUCGUCUCAAAAGCAGGCAUUAUCGCUGAGGCCCGUGCAGGCGACACGCGAUUUACAGAUACGCGGAAGGACGAACAGGAACGCUGCAUUACCAUUAAAUCAACGGCUAUCUCUCUUUACAAUGAGUUGGGACCUGAACAGUUGGCGUUCGUGCGAAAAAUCCAGCCGUUGGCCACCAAUGAGGAGGGUAAGGAGGAGUGUGGAUUUCUCAUCAACCUGAUUGACUCACCCGGCCACGUGGACUUCAGCUCCGAAGUCACUGCCGCUCUCCGAGUGACGGACGGCGGCUUAGUCGUCGUAGAUGCAGUGUCAGGUGUGUGCGUGCAGACAGAAACGGUGCUACGUCAAGCUAUCACUGAACGAAUCAAGCCCAUCCUCUUCUUGAAUAAGUUGGAUAAAGCCAUAGGCACAAUGGGCCAGGAUCCGGAGAGUCUGUACCAGCAUCUGUCAAGGGUCGUGGAAAGCACGAACGUUAUCGUUGCCCAGUUUAGUGAACAUGAUGGUCCGAUGGGUGACGUCACUGUCAACCCCGGCAUUGGUACUGUAGGUUUCGGUUCCGGUUUACAGAGCUGGGCCUUCACCCUUCACACCAUGGCCUCCUUCUACGCAAAGCGGAUAGGUGUGCCCGCAGAGAAGCUGCUCUCCAGGCUGUGGGGCGACAACUUCUACAAUGCUAAAGAAAAGAAGUGGAAGAAGAAACAGGGUGGUCCCGAGGACGUCCGAGGCUUCGUCCACUUUAUCUUGGACCCAAUCUGCAAAAUCUUCCGUGCCGUCAACGACGAAAACAAGGCUGAAAUCCAAAAACUCCUCAAGAUCAUUGAUGUUAAACUUAGUUCAGAAGAAUCCGAAUUGCCUUCUAAACAGAUGCUGAAGUGCAUUAUGCACAAAUGGCUGCCGGCUGGUGAUUGUCUCCUAGAGAUGAUCUGCAUCCACCUUCCCAGCCCUGUGGUCUCACAAAAGUAUCGCAUGGAGCUAUUGUACGACGGGCCCCACGACGACGAGGCUGCUGUUGCCAUCCGGGACUGCGAUCCAGAGGGACCACUCAUGAUGUAUGUAAGCAAGAUGGUUCCUACCUCGGAUAAAGGUCGCUUCUACGCCCUUGGUCGUGUAUUCUCUGGAAAGGUCGCUACCGGCCAGAAAGUUCGAAUCAUGGGAGCGAACUUUGUUUACGGGAAGAAGGAUGAAUUGUACGAGAAAACCAUACAGCGUACAAUCCUGAUGAUGGGUCGUUACACCGAAGCCAUUGAGGAUGUGCCCUGUGGAAAUAUCUGCGGUCUGGUUGGCGUUGAUCAGUUUCUGGUGAAGACUGGAACCAUCACAACCUUUGCCGGGGCGCACAAUAUGCGUCAGAUGAAAUUCAGCGUCAGCCCCGUCGUCCGUGUUGCCGUAGAUUGCAAAAACCCGAGCGAUCUGCCAAAGCUAGUCGAAGGUUUGAAACGGUUGGCAAAGAGUGACCCUAUGGUUCAGGUAGGUUAUUUUGAUAAAUCUGAAAUUCUCUUAGAUCUACACAGAGGAGUCCGGCGAGCACAUCAUAGCCGGUGCUGGUGAAUUGCACCUUGAAAUUUGCCUGAAAGAUCUGGAGGAGGAUCAUGCAUGCAUUCCAAUCAAGAAGUCCGAUCCAGUUGUCUCGUACAGAGAAACAGUUACGGCCGUCUCUUCGCAACAAUGCUUGUCAAAGUCUGCCAACAAACACAAUCGGUUGUACUUCCGAGCCGAACCUCUGGGUGAUGAGUUGACGAACCUGAUUGAUGAGGGAGACAAGUUUGCGAGGAUGGAUCCAAAGGAAAGAGGGCGUUUGUUGAUUGAUGAGCACGGCUGGGACGCAACCGACAGCCGGAAGAUUUGGUGCUUUGGUCCAAACGGCACCGGUCCUAACCUCGUUGUAGAUGUUACAAAGGGUGUGCAGUACCUCAAUGAUAUCAAAGAUAGCGUCGUGGCUGCAUUCCAGCUGGUCACAACGGACGGUGUGCUCUGCAACGAAACCAUGCGUGGCAUUCGGUUCAACAUCGAAGAUGUUGUAUUGCAUGCUGAUGCAAUUCACAGAGGAGGUGGCCAAAUCAUGCCCACUGCGAAGCGUUGUUUCCUUGCCAGUUGUCUGACAGCGUCUCCUAUGAUAAUGGAACCUGUGUACAUAUGCGAAAUUCAGACACCUGAAGAGGCCCUUGGUGGUAUUUACAGCACCCUCAACAAGAAACGGGGCGUCAUUUUCAGCGAGGAAAAUACUCCUGGAACCCCAAUAUACAUUGUAAAGGCACAUCUCCCUGUCAACGAGUCUUUCGGUAAGAACGUUUUUUUAAAAUCUAAUCACCUUCUCCAGGAUUCACUGCUGAGCUCCGUGCCAACACCGGUGGCAGAGCUUUCCCUCAAUGCCAGUUUGAUCACUGGCAACUCUACCCUGGUGAUCCUCUGGAUCCCAACAGCAAGUCGGGAACCCUUGUCGCAAGUAUCAGGAAACGCAAAGGAAAGCCGGAGGCGAUACCACCACUUGACCACUUCAUUGAUAAGCUUUGA